AUGGUUUUUUCUUUAAAAGAAUCAUCCGAUUCAAUUUCAAAGCCAUCAUCACCAUUAUCACCUUUAAAAAAUAGUUGUAUUAUAGAGAAUAGUAAUAAUAAUAAUAAUAAUCAUAAUAAUAGUCCACUAUCACAAAGACAAACUAUAAUCAAUAGUAAUGAUUCUAGAAAUGAUCCAAAUUCACCAAAAUAUUUAACAUCAUCUCAUUCAUCAAUUAUUAUACCAUCUUUAAUGGAUGCAAAGCCCUCAAGUCUUUUGCCAGAAAUUUCAGAAAACUCUAUAAUAAAUAAUUCCACCACCACCACCACCACUACCACUACCACUAAUAAUGGAUCACCAAACGCAUCACCAAAUGUAAUUUCACCAAUUAUAGCUUCACCAAAUGGAUCAUCACCACCUUUUAUUUCAUCACCAAAAGGUUUAAAUUCACCAAGAAGAUUAAUUGGAUUUUUUUCAAAAUCGUCGUCAUAUCAGUCAUUACUUAAUAACAAUAAUAAUAACAAUAUAAACAAUAACAGUAACAAUAAUAGCAAUAAUAAUAGUGGCGGAGAUAGUAGUAAUUUUAUAACAUAUAGCACCAAUAAUAGUAUUCAAACCAGUUUUAAUAGUAGUAUAGGAGAUAGUAGCAACAUUAAUUUUAUAAACUCAACAAGUAGUAUGGGUAAUAGUGGAGCCUACGAUUCACCAAGCUCCAAACGUUUAAUUAGGCACGAGAAGGCCAAAUCUUCACCUCCUCUUUCACCUAUACCAUAUGGCGUCGUAUCUCCAGAUGACGAUUUCUUCAAGAGGCCAUUUACGCUAUUGAAAGAAACCUCACCAACAAAUUCUUUAGUACCAAAUUUAAAUGCAUUAAAAUUAGAUAAUGUAAUUCACACACCAAAUGGUUCAACUGUUUUUUCUUCAUCAAACAAUAAUAAUAUAAACGAAUGUAAUUUUAGUAGCAGUAAUAGUAAUAACAAUAAUGAUAAUUUAUAUUAUAUUAAUAAAAAAAUUGUUGAAGAAAAAUUAAAACAAGAGCUUAGAGAAAAAGAAGAAAAAUCAAAAAAAGAAAAGGAAAUGGAAGAUUAUGUAAACUUAAUUAAUAAUAGUACAAAUAAUUUUUCAAUAAGUAAUAAUAUAGAUAAUAGUAAUACCUCAAUAGUUUCAAAUGGAACCUUUUCUCCAAUUAAAGAGGAGUCACCACAACCUUCACCAACAUUUUCAUCAAGACCCUUGCUACAAAGAACUAGAUCGAAUUCUAAAAAUGUAUUAUAUUCUCCAAAUCAAUCCCCAUCAAAUUCAACUAAAAUACCUUCACCAACAACUCCACCACCAUUACAUAAUAUAUCAAUUAUUGAAUCAUUAAAUAAUAGUAAUAAUUCAAGUUCAAUAAGCAGUAGCAAUACAUCAAACAUUUUAAAUAAUAACGAUAAUAAUAGUUUAAACAAUAAUAAUAGUAUCAAUAAUACUAAUACUAAUAAUAAUAAUAAUAAUAAUAAUAAUAAUAGUAGUAAUAAUAAUAAUAUAAUAACACCUGUUAAAAAUAAUAAUAAUAAUACUAGUAAUAUUAAUAGUCAAUUAAAAAAAUCUGGUAAUAUUGAUUAUUUACAAAUUAAUAAUAAUUAUGUCAUACCAUCACCAUCACCAUCGUCUCAAACCAAAUCGCACUAUCCACCAGUAUCAAUAAUCGAUUUUAAAUUAAUUGAAAAGAUUGGCGAAGGUGGGUUUGGUCAAGUAUUUUUAGCAAAAAAGAAUGAUACCGGCGAAAUCGUUGCAUUAAAGAGAAUGUCGAAAGAUUUAAUUUGGUCAAGAAAUAAAGUGUCCCAUAUAAAGAACGAAAGAGAUAUUUUAGCACAAGGAAAAAAUCAUAGAUGGAUAGUUUCAUUACUUUAUUCAUUUCAAGAUGAACAAUAUCUUUAUUUGGCAAUGGAGUACGUCCCAGGUGGAGAUUUAAGAUCAUUAUUAAGUGCAUUGAAUGCAUUAGACGAAGACUCUGCUAGAUUUUAUAUGGCCGAAAUGGUAGAAGCUGUAGAUAGUUGCCAUCAAUUAGGUUAUUGCCACAGAGAUUUAAAGCCAGAGAAUUUCCUUAUUAAUCGUAAUGGUCACGUUAAAUUGGCCGAUUUUGGUUUAAGUAAAAAUGUUAUAACACGUUAUAUGAAGGGUGCAAAUACUAGUUUAACAAGUUCCAUUGAGCAUACUCCAAUGAAAUUUGGUAAUGCUGCUUUAAAUUCUUCAGUUACAGAUUUUGGAUCAUUCAAAGACUUGGGUGCUGCUGCUCGUUUAGCAUAUUCCGUUGUAGGAAGUCCUUUCUAUAUGGCACCAGAAGUUUUACAGGCAACAAGUGGUUAUGGUGAUGAAGUGGAUUGGUGGUCUUUAGGCUGUAUGUUUUAUGAAUUCAUAUUUGGCGUACCACCAUUCGAUGGAGAUUCACCAGAGGAAGUAAUGGAAACAGUAUUGAAAUGGAAAACUAUGCUUCAAAGACCAGAAGGAGUUUCUGAUGAGCUUUGGGACUUAAUUUCUGGUUUAAUUACUGAUGGUCAACAUCGUUUAGGUGCAGGUGAGAGAGGUGUUGAAAGUAUUAAAGCUCAUCCAUUCUUUAGAGGUGUACCAUGGGGUCACUUACAUGAACUCGAUCCUCCAUUUGUGCCAUUGCUUCAAGAUGAUUUCGAUACAACCUAUUUCGAAAAUACUGAAAAAAUUACCGAGUUCAAACCUGACAAGUUUGAUAAAAUUCGUUCACCUGUUGUAUACACAAAUAAACACUCUGGUAACAUUAUCACCUCAAGAAGCAAACCAAGAAAUAUUUUAGGCUUUACAUAUCCCAGACAUGAAGAGCAACCAUUAAUUUGGAAUUUUAUAAUAUAUUAUACUAAUCCAAUUUUUUUUAUCAUAGAUAAUAAUUUAUUAAAAAAUUUUGAAGAAACUUCAAAUAAUACCAGCAGUAAUAAUAGUAAAAAUAAUAGUAGUAAUAGCAGUUUAAUAAAUACGAGUGGUGAUAAUAAUAAUAAUAACAAUAGUAAUAAUAACAGCAUAACCAAAUCAACUACACCAAAUCAAAGUCCAUAUAACAGUAAUGAAACAAUUUCUUUUGGUGAUUUAAAACAAGACCAAGAUCAAGAACACGAACCAUCAAGCCCUUAUGGAUCUUAUAGUAACAAUCCAUUAAUAUAA